AUGCCUAUGAAUUUUGUGUUAGCAGUUGAGAACUUUGAUGUGUGGGGGAUAGACUUUAUGGGCCCCUUCGUGAGCUCGUAUAGCAUGACCUAUAUCUUGGUGGUUGUGGACUAUGUCUCUAGAUGGGUCGAGGCAAUCUCCUUACCUAAUAAUGAAUCAAGGAGUGUGACCGUAUUUUUGAAGAAGAACAUAUCCACACAGUUUGGUACUCCAAGGGCCAUCCAAAGUGAUGGUGGGUCUCAUUUCUGCAACAAGGUUUUCGCCGGACUACUUGAAAAAAUAUGGUGUAAAGCACAAGGUGGACAUACCCUAUCAUCCUUAGUUGAGUGGUCAGCAUUUAAGACCCUCACUGGCACUUCACCGUACAGGUUGGUUUUUGGCAAAGCUUGUCACUUGCCAGUGGAACUUGAACACAAAGCCAUAUGGGCAUUGAAGAAGCUGAAUCUUGACUGGACUGAGGCUGCUAACCUGAGGAUGACACAACUCAAUGAGAUGGAAGAAUUCCGUCUCCAUGCCUAUGAGAGUGCAGCCAUGUACAAAGAGGGGAUGAAGUUUUUCCAUGAUAAGAAGAUCUUGAAGCGGGAGUUCAAUUCUGGUGACUUGGUCUUACUCUUCAAUUCAAGACUCAAGUUAUUUUCGGGUAAACUUGAGUCCAAAUGGUCUGGCUCGUUCAAAGUUGUGAGUGUGUCCCCCUAUGGUGCUAUUGAACUGGAGUCGAAGGAUAGGACUCGAACUUUCAAAAUGAAUGGACAACGAGCCAAGCAUUACCUCGGUACCACAGGAGAAAGGCAUUUGAUAGAACAAUUUGCUCUAAAGGAUAGUCCAACAAUAGCUCCCACCAAGGAAUAA